AUGACUGGGGGCAGUGGAUCCCGGUCCAGCGAAUGGGGCAUGGAAAUGGCGACGCUGGGCGCUGUCUCUUCGGACAAUUCGACGAAAGAUGGAUCCUCCGGGGAUGAGGAUGGCAGGAGGAGCGCGAUGAUAGACCACAGUCUGCCCGCGGAGUUCAACUUCCUCCUCUGCCGCCUCUGCUACCGUCGCCUGCACAAUCCCAGGAUCCUCUACUGCUGGCACGUCUUCUGCCUCCGCUGCAUCAGCCGCCAUCUUGGAUCCGAGAACCAGCUCAGUUGCCCUCUGUGUGGAACGAUCACCCGCGUACCAAAAAUCGGGUUGGACGCGCUGUAUCACCGCGCAGCGUCGUUUCUUUCGCGGCUUUCGCAGACCUGUACCGCUAUUUCGGUUUGCGAUUUUGAUCUGAUAAUUCGAAGGCACCACUGCCACCACAGGGCGAAAACCUUCCGCGAUCCUGCGCAGUGUCUGUUGCCCUGCACGAGGGUGUGUCGAAGUUGCGAUGAGUAUCUGUGCGAGGAGUGUUCCCCGCUGCAUCUCAUAGAGAUGCACCUCAGCAGGAACUCCAUCUGCCCUCAGCACGGCGAACCGGAGCUGUCCUUCUGCGAGGACUGCCGUGAGAUGGCCUGCGGCAUCUGCACCGAGUUGGAGCACAUGUACCACGACAUCACAGGUCUAUCCGAAAAGGCCGAGUCCUACAGGUCGGAGGCGCGGGACCUCAUCCGCAAGUGCCGCGAAGGUCGGUGGAAACUGGACGACGACCUGCAAGCCACGGUCCAGAAGGCGAGAGCGGAGAUCCAGGAGGAGGCUAGGAACGUGAUAGAGUCUCUGAGCAAGGCGGUGAGGGAGAAGGAGAGCGCGUUGCUGGGCAAGGUGGACGACUUCGCGAUGGAGAUGUGGAUAAAAAUCCAGGAGGCGAAGCUGCAGCACGGCAAGCGGCGCACGGACGAGCACGAGGGUCUGAUCGAGCUGGGGCAGAACCUGCUGACCUGCGGGAGUAACAAGGAGAUCGUGCAGAUCCACCACCACCUGUGCCACCGCCUGACGGAGGCCAUGGCGGGACAGGCGCCGCAGGACGUACCCGAGCAGCUGCUGCAACAGGUGGAGUUCGUCCGGCAUCAGACUCCAACCCUGGACGAGGAGAGGCUCCUCGGCAAGGUGUCGUUCUGGGACCCGAGCGCCGCGGAACGGAUGAAAACCUUCAGGCGCAGGAGCUUCAUGCCGUCCUGGCUGUUGGACGAGUCGGACUCCGACCCUGGAGAGUUCUCCGGAGAGAGGAGAAAGUCGUCGGGAGCCGCUAGGAUGAUGGAAGCCAUCAUGGACAUCGGACGGAAAUACCGGGAUGAGAUAGGUCGGAAGCUCUCCGGGGUGUCUCACGCGUCUGAUGAGAGUGGAUGUGACAGCAGUGACAGCCACCCUCUGGAACCUGCCGACCGCCGGCUGUCCUUUUCCAGUAGGAAUAAUUCCAGCAGGAAUAGCUCUAUCGUAUCGUUUCCCAGCAGGAAAAGCUCCAUCGACAACACAGAUGAAGACCAAAGCCCUCCAGACCACGGCAUGAUGCGUCAAACUCAAACGAGGUUCAGGAGGCUAAGCGUUCCGGCGUUAGGAUUCUCAGUGGGAUCUCUGAUGACGUCGUUAAAGAGCGGUGACCACCAGGAAGACAAGGCCAGAGAAGGGAGGGCAAAGACGAGAAGGUUCUCGUUGUUCUCGUUGACUCGAAGCAGAAGUCUGCCGAGACGAAGUUUACCAGCAACAAUAGAUGACGAGGAGAAGAUUCAGACGACACAGCGGAAUCCUUUAAGCACACAGAAGAAAAUUCCGCUUGAAGGAACCCCUUUCUACGAUCUAAACGAACCUUCGAGCGACAGCAACGACGAGAGAGAGCUGGUGGAAACGAAAGAAGAGGCAUUCUCUGAGGAAGAAGAAGAAGAAGAAAAAGAGGAAGACGGCGAGGCACGAAGUCAAAGAAGCAACUACGACUCGGACGGCACGGAGAAGACAGCGAGAAAGAAGAAAAAGAAAUCCAGGCUUGACAAACUUUUUAAAAGACGCAGAACUAUGCCGAGGCAUAAUGAUAUGCCUUCCUCGGAUCUUGAGGAUUCCGUGCGGGCGUUCCUGGACUGGUCCAAGACCCGACGGCGCAGCAUGUCUCUCCCCAGCAACCUAGACUCCGGCUAUCACGAGAACAAGGACAUCCCCUCGCCCGUGGAGGACGGCAGCAGGCUAGACGCGAUGCGGUGGAUAGGGAAGAGGAAAGAGGACGUCCGACGGUUUCGCAAGCGCUUCGGUCGCAUCGGUGGGAGCGUCCUCAAGUCACUCAAAGGGAAGGACGAGGAGUUUGAACAGGAGCAGGUACAGGCGAAGGUGCACCCCUGGGAUGUCCCCAUGUCUCGCCGCUCAAGCAGCACCGACGAAGAGGUGACGCCUGUCCCGCAAGGGGCGCCAAGAGAGAGGAGGCGGUCGUUUGGGCAGAGGUUGCCUGUCCACGGUUUUGCUUCCACCAUGAAGACUCUGUCGGAAGAGGACGGCUUGAGAGACAACGUUAAGGAACAGAGCGAAGGGAUGGGCGCCCAAGCUCCCCGGAAAACGGGAGGCUCGGAGUCAUCUGACGAAGAACAGGACGUCUUUGAUUCUUCAAGGAGGCUACCGAGUCGCUUCAAGACGAGAAAGGAAAGCAGCGAGUCAGAAGAAGGAAACGUCAGCGCGCCAGAAAUCUCAAUCUUCCAUCAGCUUCCAAAACCCAGACCCGCCAGAGCGAGGCGAUUCAGCGUGUUUUAGAAACAGUCGGUGCCUGUCACUGCCUGACCAGUAACCGUGUCUGCUGUAGCUAAGUGAUGUCAAGAGGUCACACAUACUCCCACAAGAAAACGCUCGGAAUUCUUAACACAUCUUGAUCAACCUUUCUAAACUAAAUAUAGAGAUGAUAAAUCAUUUUACCUGUCAGAAUAACUUCCUACACAAAGGAGA